AUGUCAUCUUCUGUCUCCUUCAGUCAUAAUCUGUCUGUGUCAAUCGUCAUCUUCUGUCGCCUUCAUUUGUCGUCUUUCUCCUUCAAUCGUCAUCAUUUCUCUCCUUCAAAUGUGAUCUUCUGUCUCCUCCAAUCAUCAUCUCCUGUCUCCUUCAAUCGUUUCCACCUGUCUCCUUCAAGCAUCAUUGUCACUUUCAAUCGCCUCCUUCUGUCUGCUUCAAUCAUCAUCAUAUGUCUCCUUCAAUCGUCCUUCAAGAAUCAUUAUCUGUCACUUUCAAUCGCCUCCUCCUUCUGCUUCAAUCAUCAUCCUGUCUCCUUCAAUCGUUUCCACCUGUCUCCUUCAAGCAUCAUUGUCCUUUCAAUCGCCUCCUUCUGUCUGCUUCAAUCAUCAUCUCCUGUCUCCUUCAAUCGUUUCCACCUGAAUUUCAAGCAUCAUUAUCUGUCACUUUCAAUCGCCUCCCUGUCUGCUUCAAUCAUCAUAUCCUGUCCUCCUUCAAUCGUUUCCACCUGUCUCCUUCUGUCUGCUUCAAUCGCCUCAUCUCUGUCUGCUUCCUUCAAUCAAUUUCCACCUGUCUCCUUCAAGCAUCAUUAUCUGUCACUUUCAAUCGCCUCCUUCUGUCUGCUUCAAUCAUCAUCUCCUCAUCAUUAUCUGUCACUUUCAAUCGCCUCCUUCUGUCUGCUUCAAUCAUCAUCAUCUGUCUCCUUCAAUCGUUUCCACCUGUCUCAUUCAAGCAUCAUUAUCUGUCACUUUCAAUCGCCUCUUCUGUCUGCUUCAAUCAUCAUAAUCUGUCUCCUUCAAUCGUUUCCACCUGUCUCCUUCAAGCAUCAUUGUCACUUUCAAUCGCCUUCUUCUGUCUGCUUCAAUCAUCAUCAUCUGUCUCCUUCAAUCGUUUCCCCUGUCUCCUUCAAGCAUCAUUAUCUGUCUUUCAAUCGCCUCCUUCUGUCUGCUUCAAUCAUCAUCAUCUGUCUCCUUCAAUCGUUUCCACCUGUCUCCUUCAAGCAUCAUCUGUCCUUCAAUCGUUUCACCUGUCUCCUUCAAGCAUCAUUAUCAAUCAAUCGCCUCCUUCUGUCUGCUUCAAUCAUCAUCAUCUGUCUCCUUCAAUCGUUUCCACCUGUUCCUUCAAGCAUCAUUGUCACUUUCAAUCUCCUUCUGUCUGUUUCAUCAUCUCCUGUCUCCUUCAAUCCGUUUCCUUCAAGCCUGUCUCCAAUCGCCCUCCUUCAAGCAUCAUUGUCACUUUCAAUCGUCCUAAUCGCCUUCUUCUCUGUUUUCAAUCAUCAUCUCUCCUUCAAUCGUUUCCAAUCUGUCAUCAUCAUUGUCUCCUUCAAAUCUUCUGUCUUUCAAAUCAUCUCCUCAUCUGUCUGUCUUUCAUUCUGUCUGCUUCAAUCAUCAUCUCCUGUCCCUUCAAUCGCCAUCCGUUCUGUCAUUAUCACUUUUAAUCAUCAUCUCAAUCAUCUCUGUCUCCUUCAAUCUUUUUCCACCUGUCUCCUUCAAGCAUCAUUAUCUGUCACUUUCAAUCGCCUCCUUCUGUCUGCUUCAAUCAUCAUCUCCUGUCUCCUUCAAUCGUUUUCCACCUGUCUCCUUCAAGCAUCAUUGUCACUUUCAAUCGCCUCCUUCUGUCUGCUUCAAUCAUCUCUCCUGUCUCCUUCAAUCGUUUCCACCCUGUCUCCUUCAAUCAUUAUCCACCAAUCGCCUCCUUCUGUCUUCAAUCAUCAUCUCCUGUCUCCUUCAAUCGUUUCCACCUGUCUCCUUCAAGCAUCAUUGUCACUUUCAAUCGCCUCCUUCUGUCUGCUUCUUCAAUCAUCUCCUGUCUCCUUCAAUCGUUUCCAACCUGUCUCCUUCAAGCAUCAUUAUUGUCACUUUCAAUCGCCUCCUUCUUUUUUUUUCAAGGUUUUUCAAUCAUCAUCUCCUGUCUCCUUCAAUCGUUUCCAAGCCUGUCCUUCAGCAUCAUUGUCACUUUCAAUCGUCUUCUGUUUCAAUCGCAUCAUCAUCUGUCUCAAUCUUCAAUCGUUUCCUUCAAUGGAUUCCUCUCCUUCAAGCAUCAAUCACUUUCAAUCGCCUCCUUCUGUCUGCUUCAAUCAUCAUCUCCUGUCUCCUUCAAUCGUUUCCAAGUGUCUCCUUCAAAGCAUCCUUUCAAUCGCCUCCUUCUGUCUAUUUUCAUCAUCAUCUGUCUCCUUCAAACAUCAUUGUCACUUUCAAUCGCCUCCCUUCUGUCUGCUUCAAUCAUCAUCUCCUGUCUCCUUCAAUCGUUUCCACCUGUCUCCUUCAAGCAUCAUUAUUGUCACUUUCAAUCGCCUCCUUCUGUCUGCUUCAAUCAUCAUCUCCUGUCUCCUUCAAUCGUUUCCACCGGUCUCCUUCAAGCAUCAUUGUCACUUUCAAACGCCUCCUUCUGUUUGCUUCAAUCAUCAUCUCCUGUCUCCUUCAAUCUUUUCCACCGGUCUCCUUCAAGCAUCAUUAUCUGUCACUUUCAAUCGCCUCAUUCUGUCUGCUUCAAUCAUCAUCUCCUGUCUCCUUCAAUCGUUUCCUUGUCUCCUUCAAGCAUCAUUAUCUGUCACUUUCAAUCGCCUCCUUCUGUCUGCUUCAAUCAUCAUCUCCUGUCUCCUUCAAUCGUUUCCACCUGUCUCCUUCAAUCGCCCUCCUUCUGUCAUCAUUCCUGUCUCCUUCAAUCUUUUUCCACCCCCUUCUUGCCAUCAUUAUCUGUCACUUUCAAUCGCCUCUGUCUGUUGCUUCAAUCAUCAUCUCCUGUCUCCUUCAAUCUUUUCCACCUGUCUCCUUCAAGCAUCAUUGUCACUUUCAAUCGCCCUCCUUCGUCUGCUUCAAUCAUCUCUCUGUCUCCUUCAAUCGUUUCCACCUGUCUCCUUCAAGCAUCAUUAUUGUCACUUUCAACUCCCUUCAAUCGCUUUAAUCAUCAUCUCUGUCUCCUUCAAUCGUUUCCAUCUCCUUGUCUCCUUCAAAUCGCUUCAAUCAUCAUCCUGUCUCCUUCAAUCGUUUUCCAUCAUUCAAGCAUCAUUGUCUUUCAAUCGCCUCCUUCUGUCUGCUUCAAUCAUCAUCUCCUGUCUCCUUCAAUCGUUUCCACCUGUCUCCUUCAAGCAUCAUUGUCACUUUCAAUCGCCUCCUUCUGUCUGCUUCUCAAUCAUCAUCUGUCUCCUUCAAUCGUUUCACCUCUCCUUGCUCAUUGUCACUUUCAAUCGCCUCCUUCUGUCUACUUCAAUCAUCCUCUCCUGUCUCCUUCAAUCGUUUCACCUGUCUCCCUUCAAGCAUCAUUAUCUGUCUUUCAAUCGCCUCCUUCUGUCUGCUUCAAUCAUCAUCUCCUGUCUCCUUCAAUCGUUUCCACCUGUCUCCUUCCAGCAUCAUUGUCACUUUCAAUCUCCUUCUAAAGUUUCCAAUCAUCAUCUCCUGUCUCCUUCAAUCGUUUUUCCACGUCUGUCACCUUCCACUUUCAAUCGCAUCAUUAUCUGUCAAUUUCUCCUUCUGUCUGCUUCAAUCAUCAUCUCCUCGCCUCCUUCAAUCGUUUUCCACCUGUCUCCUUCAAUCAUCAUCUGUCAAGCAUCAUUGUCAAUUUCAAUCGCCUCCUUCUGUCUGCUAACUUCAUCAUCCCUGUCUCGUUCAAUCGUUUCCACCCGAUCAUCCUCUUCAAGCAUCAGGCUAAGCAUCAUUUCUGUCACUUUCAUUCGCCUCCUUCUGUCUGCUUCAAUCAUCAUCUCCUGUCUCGUUCAAUCGUUUCCACCCGUCUCCUCUUGCCAUCAUUGUCACUUUCAAUCGCCUCCCUUCUGUCUGUUUCAAUCAUCAUCUCCUGUCUCCUUCAAUCGUUUCCACCUGUCUCCUUCAAGCAUCAUUGUCACUGUUUCUGAAUCGCCUCCUUGUCGCUUUCAAUCGCCUCCUUCAAUCAUCACCUGUCUGUCCCUUCAAUCGUUUCCACCUGUCUCCUUCAUCAUUAUCUGUCACUUCAAUCGCCUCCUUCUGUCUGCUUCAAUCAUCAUCUCUGUCUCAUUCAAUCGUUUCCACCUGUCCUUCCAUCAUUGUCAUCAUUUCAAUCGCCUCCUUCUGUCUGCUUCAAUCAUCAUCAUCUGUCUCCUUCAAUCGUUUCCACCUGUCUCCUUCAUCAUUAUUGUCACUUUCAAACGCCUCCUUCUGUCAUCUAAUCAUCUUCUCCUGCCCCUUCAAUCGUUUCCACCUGUAUCCUCCAAGCAUCAUUGUUUCAAUCAUCCUUCUCCUGUCUCCUUCAUCAUCGUUUCCACCUGUCUCGCCCCUGCUUCAAGCAUCAUUAUCUGUCACUUUUCAAUCGCCUCCUUCUGUCUGUCUGCUUCAAUCAUGAUCCUGUCAAUCGUUUCCACCUGUCUUCAAAGCAUCAUUCAACCUGUCUCCUUCAAAUCAUUGUCACUUUUUCCUUCCUGCUUCAAUCAUCUCUUCUCCUUCAAUCGUUUCCACCCUGUCUCCUUCAAGCAUCAUUGUCACUUUCAAUCGCCUCCUUCUGUCUGCUUCAAUCAUCAUCAUCUGUCUCCUUCAAUCUUUUCCACCUGUCUCCUUCAAGCAUCAUCUCCUGUCACUUUCAAUCGCCUCCUUCGUAAGCAUCUGCUUUCAAUCGCUUCAAUCAUCAUCUCCUGUCUCCUUCAAUCGUUUCCACCUGUCUCCUUGAAGCAUCAUUGUCUUUUCAAUAGCCUCCUUCUGUCUGCUUCAAUCAUCAUCUCCUGUCUCCUUCAAUCGUUUCACCUGUCUCCUUCAAGCAUCAUUGUCACUUUCAAUCGCCUCCUUCUGUCUGCUUCAAUCAUCAUCUCCUGUCUCCUUCAAUCGUUUCUACCUGUCUCCUUCAAGCAUCAUUGUCACUUUCAAUCGCCUCCUUCUGUCUGCUUCAAUCAUCAUCUCCUGUCUCCUUCAAUCGUUUCCACCUGUCUCCUUCAAGCAUCAUUAUCUUUCAAUCGCCAAUCCAUCAUCCUUCUCUUUUCCACCUGUCUCCUUCAAUCAUCUUCUCCUGUCUCCUUAAAUCGUUUCCACCUGCUUCAAUCAUUGUCCUUUCAAUCGCCUCCUUCUGUCUCCUUCAAUCAUCAUCUCCUGUCUCCUUCAAUUUCCACCUGUCCUUCAACAUCAUUUGUCACUUUCAAUUGUCUCAUCUGUUUCUUUCAAUCAUCUCUUCUCAUUAUCCCCUUCAAUCUGUUUCCAUCCUGUCUCCUUCAAUCGUUUCCACCUGUCUCCUUCAUUAUCUGUCACUUUCAAUCGCCUCCUUCUGUCUGCUUCCAAUCAUCUUCUCCUCAUCUGUCUCCUUCAAUCUUUUUCCACCUGUCUCCUUCUUCAAGCAUCAUUAUCCUGUCACUUUCAUUCGCCUCCUUCUGUUUGGUUUCAAUCAUCAUCUCCUGUCUCAGUUCAAUCGUUUCCACCUGUCUCCUUCAAGCAUCAUUGUCACUUUCAAUCGCUCCUUCUGUCAGAUUCAAUCAUCAUCUCCUGUCUCCUUCAAUCGUUUCCACCUGUCUCCUUGAGCAUCAUUGUCACUUAAUCGCCUCCUUCAUCUGCUUUCAAUCAUCAUCCCUGUCUCCUUCAAUCGUUUCCACCUGUCUCCUUCAAAGCAUCACAUCUGUCACUUUCAAUCGCCCCUCCUUCUGUCUGCUUCAAUCAUCAUCUCCUGUCUCCUUCAAUCGUUUUCCACCUGUCUCCUUCAAGCAUCAUUGUCACUUUCAAUCGCCUCCUUCUGUCUGCUUUCAAUCAUCAUCUGCUGUCUCCUUCAAUCGUUUCCACCUGUCUCCUUCAAGCAUCAUUAUCUGUCACUUUCAAUCGCCUCCUUCUGUCUGCUUCAAUCAUCAUCUCCUGUCUCCUUCAAUCGUUUCCACUCGUCUCCUUGCAAGCAUCUUUUUGUCACUUUCAAUCGCCUCCUUCUGUCUGCUUCAAUCAUCAUCAUCCUGUCUCCUUCAAUCUUUUCCACCUGGUCUUCUAAGCAUCAUUAUCUGUCACUUUCAAUCGCCUCCUUCUGUCUGCUUCAAUCAUCUCCUGUCUCCUUCAAUCGUUUCCCACCUGUCUCCUUCAAGCAUCAUUAUCUGUCACUUUCAAUCGCUCGUUCUCAUCAUUGUCACUCAAUCGCCUCCUUCAUCUUCUUUUAAUCAUCUAUCGUUUCCUGUCUCCCUUCAAUCGUUUCCACCUGUCUCCUCUCAAGCAUCAUUGUCACUUUCAAUCGCCCCUUUCUGUCUGCUUCAAUCAUCAUCUCCUGUCUCCUUCAAUCGUUUCCACCAGUCUCCCUUCAAGCAUCAUUAUCUGUCACUUUUCAAUCGCCCUUCUGUCUGCUUCAAUCAUCAUCUCUGUCGUCCUUUCAAUCGUUUCCACCGUGUCUCCUUAAGCAUCAUUGUCACUUUCAAUCGCCUCCCUUCUGUCUGCUUCAAUCAUCAUCGCUGUCUCCUUCAAUCGUUUCCACCUGUCUCCUUCAAGCAUCAUUAUCUGUCACUUUCAAUCGCCUCCUUCUGUCUGCUUCAAUCAUCAUCUCCUGUCUCCUCGAAUCUUUUCCACCUGUCUCCUUCAAGCAUCAUUGUCACUUUCAAUCGCCCUUUUCUGUUUCAAUCAUCAUCCCCUGUCUCUUCAAUCGUUUCCACCUGUCUCCUUCAAGCAUCAUUGUCACUUUCAAUCGCCUCCUUCUGUCUGCUUCAAUCAUCCUCUCUGUGUCCUUCAAUCGUUUCCACCUGUCUCCCUUCAAGCAUCAUUAUUGUCACUUUCAAUCGCCUCCUUCUGUCUGCUUCAAUCAUCAUCUCCUGUCUCCUUCAAUCGUUUCCACCUGUCUCCUUCAAGCAUCAUUGUCUAAUCUCCUUCCUUCAAUCGCCUCAUCAAUCGUUUACCUGUCUCCUUCAAUCGGUAUCGUUUCCACCCGUCAUCAUCGCCUCCUUCCUGUUUCAAUCAUCAUCUCCUGUCUCUUCAAUCGUUUCCACCUGUCUCCUUCAAGCAUCAUUGUCACUUUCAAUCGCCUCCUCAUCUGUCUCCCUUCAAUCUUUUCCACCUGUCUUCAUCUGUCAAUCUGCCUCCUUCUGUCUAAGGUUUCAAUCAAUUCCUGUCUCCUUCAAUCGUUUCCUGUCUCCUUCAAGCAUCAUUAUCUGUCAUCAUCGCCUCCUUUGUCUACUUCAAUCAAUCUCGUCUCCUUCCGCUUCUUUUCCACCUCUCUCUUUCAAGCAUCAUCAUCAAUCUCCUUCAAUCAUUUCAUCUCUGUCUCCUUUAAUCGUUUUCACCUGUCUCCUUCAGCAUCAUUGUCACUUUCAAUCGCCUCCUUCUGUCUGCUUUAAUCAUCAUCUCCUGUCUCCUUCAAUCGUUUCCACCUGUCUCUUUCAAGCAUCAUUGUCACUUUCAAUCGCCUCCUUCUGUCUCCUUCAAUCAUCAUCUCCUGUCUCCUUCAAUCGUUUCACCUGUCUCCUUCAAGCAUCAUCAUUAUCCACUUUCAAUCGCCUCCUUCUGUCUGCUUCAAUCAUCCUCUCCUGUCUCCUUCAAUCGUUUCCUGUCUCUGUCUUCAAGCAUCAUUAUCUGUCACUUUCAAUUGCCUCCUUCUGUCUGCUUCAAUCAUCAUCUCCUGUCUCCUUCAAUCAACCUGUCUCCUUCAUCAUUGUCACUUUCAAUCGCCUCCUUCUGUCUGCUUCAAUCAUCAUCUCCUGUCUCCGUUCAAUCGUUUCCAAUCUGUCUCUCAUUCAAGCAUCAUUAUUGUCACUUUUCAAUCGCCUCCUUCUGUCUGCUUCAAUCAUCAUCUCCUCAUCAUUGUCACUUUCAAUCGCUCCUUCUGUCUGCUUCAAUCAUCAUCUCUGUCUCCUUCAAUCGUUUCCUGCACCUGUCUCCUUCAUCAUUGUCACUUUCAAUCGCCUCCUUCUGUCUGCUUCAAUCAUCAUCUCCUGUGUCCUUCAAUCAUUUUCCACCUGUCUCCUCAAGCAUCAUUAUCUGUCACUUUCAAUCGCCUCCUUCUGUCUUUCAAUCAUCAUCCUGUCUCUUCCAAUCGUUUCCACCUGUCUCCUUCAAGCAUCAUUGUCACUUUCAAUCGCCUCCUUCUGUCUGCUUCAAUCAUCAUCUCCCUGUCUCCUUCAAUCGUUUCCACCUGUCUCCUUCAAGCAUCAUUGUCACUUUCAAUCGCCUCCUUCUGUCAGCUUUAAUCAUCAUCUCCCUGUCUCCUUCAAUCGUUUCCACCUUCCGUCUCCUUCAAGCAUCAUUGUCACUUUUAAUCGCCUCCUUCUGUCUGCUCAAUCAUCAUCUCUGUGUCCUUCAAUCGUUUCACCUGUCUCCUUCAAGCAUCAUUAUCACUUUCAAUCGCCCCUUCUGUCUGCUUCCAAUCAUCAUCUCCUGUCUCCUUCAAUCGUUUCCACCUGUCUCCUUCAAGCAUCAUUAUCUGUCACUUUCAACCUCCUUCUCUGUCUGCUUCAAUCAUCAUCGCCCCUGUCUCCUUCAAUCGUUUUCCACCUGUCUCUUCAAGCAUCAUUAUCUGUCACUUUCAAUCGCCUCCUUCUGUCUGCUUUAAUCAUCAUCUCCUGUCUCCUUCAAUCGUUUCCACCUGUCUCCUUCAAGCAUCAUUCGUCACUUUCAAUCGCCUCUUUCGUCUGCUUCAAUCAUCAUCCCGUCUUCAAUCGUCCCCAUCUCUUCAAGCAUUGUCUCUUUCAAUCGUUUCCUUCUGUCUCCUUCAAUCAUCAUCCUGUCUCCUUCAAUCUUUCCCCACCUGUCUCUCAAGCAUCUUAUCUAAGCAUCAUUAUCUGUCAAUCAUCAUCUGUCUUUCCAUCUCCUGUCUCCUUCAAUCGUUUCACCUGUCUCUUUCAAGCAUCAUUGUCACUUUCAAUCGCCUCUUUCUGUCGUUCGCUUCAAUCAUCAUCUGUGUCCUUCAAUCGUUUCCACCUGUCUCCUUCAGCAUCAUUAUCUGUCUUUCAAUCGCCCCUUCUGUCUGCUUCAAUCAUCAUCUCCUGUCUCCUUCAAUGUUUCCACCUGUCUCCUUCAAGCAUCAUUGUCUUUCAAUCGCCUCCUUCUGUCUGCUUCAAUCAUCAUCAUCUGUCUCCUUCAAUCGUUUCCUGUCUCCAAGAAUCAUUGUCACUUCUUAUCGCCUCCUUCUGUCUGUUUCAAUCAUCAUCUCCUGUCUCCUUCAAUCGUUUCCAUCAUCAUUAUUGUCACUUAACGCCUUCACAUCGAAUCUUUUCAAUCCUCCUUCUGUCUGCUUCAAUCAUCAUCUCCUGUCUCCUUCAAUCGUUUCCACCUGUCUCCUUCAAGCAUCAUUGUCACUUUCAAACGCCUCCUUCUGUCUGCUUCAAUCAUCUUCUCCUGUCUCCUUCAAUCGUUUCCACCUGUCUCCUUCAAGCAUCAUUAUCUGUCACUUUCAAUCGCCUCCUUCUGUCUGCUUCAAUCAUCAUCUCCUGUCUCCUUCAAUCGUUUCCCACCUGUCUCUUUCAAGCAUCAUUGUCACCUUUUCAAUCGCCUCCUUCUGUCUGCUUCCAAUCAUCAUCUCCUGUCUCCUUCAAUCGUUUCCACCUGUCUCCUUCAAGCAUCAUUGUCACUUUCAAUCGUCUCCUUCUCGUUUCCUGCUUCAAUCAUCACUUUCAAUCUGUCUCCUUCAAUCAUUCCCAUCUUUCCUGCAAUCUCCUUCAAGCAUCAUUAUCUGUCACUUUCAAACGCCUCCUUCUGUCUGCUUCAAUCAUCCUCUCCUGUCUCCUUCAAUCAUUUCACCUGUCUCUUUCAAGCAUCAUUGUCACUUUCAAUCGCUCCUUCUUGUCUGCUUCAAUCAUCAUCUCCUGUCUCCCAAUCUUUCCACCUUUGUCUCCUUCAAGCAUCAUUAUGUCACUUUCAAUCCCCUCCUUCUGUCUGCUUCAAUCAUCAUCCCCUGUCUCGUUCAAUCGUUUCCACCUGUCUCCUUCAAGCAUCAUUAUUGUCACUUUCAAAUCGCCUCCUUCACUUCAUCAUUGUCACUUUCAAUCGCCUCCUUCAAUUCUGCUUCAUCAUCAUCUCCUGUCUCCUUCUAAUCGUUUUCCACCAUCCUUCUGCAUCAUUGUCACCUUCAAUCGCCUCCUUCUCAUCAUUAUUGUCACUUUCAAACGUCUCCUUCUGUCUGCUUCCAAUCAUCUUCUCUGUCUCCUUCAAUCGUUUCCACCUGUCUCCUUCAAUCAUCAUUUCGUUUCGCCUCCUUCUGUUCCAAUCAUGUCCUGUCUCCUUCAAUCGUUCCCACCUGUCUCCUUCCCAUCAUUAUUGUCACUUUCAAUCGCCUCCUUCUGUCUGCUUCAAUCAUCCUGUCUCCUUCAUCUCCUGUCUCCCAAUGUCCCUUUCAAGCAUCUUUCCACUUUCAAUCGCCUCUUCUCUAAAUCAUCAUCAUCUAAUCCUUUCCCACUGUCUCCUUCAAGCAUCAUUAUCUGUCACUUUCAAUCGCCUCCUUCCUGUCUGCUUCAAUCAUCAUCUCCUGUCUCCUUCAAUCAUUUCCACCUGUCUCCUUCAAGCAUCAUUGUCACUUUCAAUCGCCUCCUUCUGUCUGCUUUAAUCAUCUUCUCCGUCUCAUUCAAUCGUUUCCACCUGUCUCCUUCGACAUUAUCUGUCACUUUUAAUCGCCUCUGUCUCCAAUCAUCAUGUCUGUCUCGUCUAAUCAUCAUCUCCUUCAAGCAUCAUUAUCUGUCACUUUCUUCAACGCCUCCUCAUUUCCACCCUGUCUCUUCAAUCGUUUCCCUCCAAGCAUCAUUGUCACUUUCAAUCGCCUCCUUCUCAUCAUUAUCUCUCACUUUCAGUCCCGACUCCUUCUGUCUGCUUUUAAUUCAUCAUCUCCUGUCUCGUUCAAUCUUUUCCACCUGUCUCCUUCAAGCAUCAUUAUCUGUCAUCAUCAUUCCUUCUGUCUGCUUCUUUAAUCAUCAUCUCCUGCCCCCUUCUGUCUGCUUCAAUCAUCAUCUCUCGUCCUUCAAUCGUUUCCACCUGUCUCCUUCAAGCAUCAUUGUCACUUUCAAUCGCCUCCUUCUGUCUGCUUCAAUCAUCAUCAUCUGUCUCCUUCAAUCGUUUCCACCUGUCUCCUUCAAGCAUCAUUAUCUGUCACUUUCAAUCGCCUCCUUCUGUCUGUCCUUCAAUCAUCAUCUCCUGUCUCCUUCAAUCGUUUCACCUGUCUCUUUCAAGCAUCAUUGUCACUUUCAAUCGUCUCCUUCUGUCUGUUUUAAUCAUCAUCUCCUGUCUCAAUCGUUUCCACCUGUCUCCUUCAAGCAUCAUUGUCACUUUCAAUCGCCUCCUUCUGUCUGCUUCAAUCAUCAUCUCCUGUCUCCUUCAAUCGUUUCCACCUGUCCUUCAAGCAUCAUUGUCACUUUCAAUCGUCUCCUUCUGUCUGCUUCAAUCAUCAUCAUCUGUCUCCUCAAUCGUUUCCACCUGUCUCCUUCAAGCAUCAUUGUCACUUUGCCUCUUCACUUCAAUCAUCAUCUCCUGUCUCCCUUCAAUCGUUUCUGUCUCCUUCAGCAUCAUCUAAUCUCCUUUGUCUCCUUCAAUCAUUCUCCUGUCCUGUUCAAUCGUUUCUCCUUCCAAGCAUCAUUGUCACUUUCUCAAACGCCUCCUUCUGUCUUGCUUCAAUCAUCUUCCUGUCUCCUUCAAUCAUUUCCACCUCUCUCAUCUAAGAAUCAUUGUCAUCAAUCGCGCCUCCUUCUGUCUGGUUUCCAAUCAUCAUCUCCUGUCCUUCAAUCCGUUUCCACCGUCUCCUUCAAGCAUCAUUAUUGUCACCUUCAAUCGCCUCCUCUGUCUGCUUCAAUCAUCAUCUCCGUCUCCUUCAAUCAUUUCCACCUGUCUCCUUCAAGCAUCAUUGUCACUUUCAAUCAACCUCCUUCUGUCUGCUUCAAUCAUCAUCAUAUCUCCUUCAAUCAUUUCCCUUCUCUCCUUCCAUCAUUAUCCUGCUUUCAAUCGCCUCCUUUAUCUUCUUCAAUCCUCAUCUCCUAUCUCCUUCAAUCAUUUCCACCUGUCUCCUUCAAGCAUCAUUUGUCACUUUCAAUCGCCUCCUUCUGUCUGCUUCAAUCAUCAUCUCCUGUCUCCUUCAAAUCGUUUCCACCUGUCUCCUUCAAGCAUCAUUGUCACUUUCAAAAUCGCCUCCUUCUGUCUGCUUCAAUCAUCAUCUCUGUCUCCUUCAAUCGUUUCCACCUGUCUCCUUCAAGCAUCAUUAUGUCACUUUCAAUCGCCUCCUUCUGUCUGCUUCAAUCAUCAUCUCCUGUCUCCUUCAAUCGUUUCCACCUGUCUCCUUCAAGCAUCAUUGUCACUUUCAUCGCCUCCUUCUGUCUGCUUCAAUCAUCAUCUCCUGUCUCCUUCAAUCGUUUCCACCUGUCUCCUUCAAGCAUCAUUAUCUGUCACUUUCAAUCGCCUCCUUUUGUCUGCUUCAAUCAUCAUCUCCUGUCUCUGUUCAAUCAUUUCCACCUGUCUCCUUCAAGCAUCAUUGUCACUUUCAAUCGCCUCCUUCUGUCUGCUUCAAUCAUCAUCUCCUGUCUCCUUCAAUCGUUUCCACCUGUCUCCUUCAAGCAUCAUUGUCACUUUUCAAUCGCCUCCUUCUGUCUGCUUCAAUCAUCAUCUCCUCAUCAUUGUCACUUUCAAUCGCCUCUUUCUGUCUGCUUCAAUCAUCCUCUCCUGUGUCCUUCAAUCAUUUCCACCAGUCUCCUUCAAGCAUCAUUAUCUGUCACUUUCAAUCGCCCCCUUCUGUCUGCUUCAAUCAUCAUCUCCUGUCUCCUUCAAUCGUUUCCACCUGUCUCCUUCAAGCAUCAUUGUCACUUUCAAUCGCCUCCUUCUGUCUGCUUCAAUCAUCAUCUCCUGUCUCCUUCAAUCGUUUCCACCCUGUCUCCUUCAAGCAUCAUUGUCACUUUCAAUCGCCUCCUUCUGUCUGCUUCAAUCAUCAUCUCCUGUCUCCUUCAAUCGUUUCCACCUGUCUCCUUCAAGCAUCAUUGUCUUCAAUCAUCAUUCCUGUCGCCUCCUUCUGUCUCACUUUCAAUCAUCAUCUCUGUCUCCUUCAAUCGUUUCCACCUGUCUCCUUCAAGCAUCAUUGUCACUUUCAAUCGCUCCUUCUGUCAUUUCCCACCUGUCUCUUUCAAUCAUCAUCUCCUGUCUCCUUCAAUCGUUUCCACCUGUCUCCUUCAAGCAUCAUUAUCUGUCACUCUCAAUCGCCCUCCUUCUGUCUGCUUCAAUCAUCAUCUCCUGUCUCCUUCAAUCGUUUCCACCUGUCUCCUUCAAGCAUCAUCACUUUCAAUCGCCUCCUUCUGUCUGCUUCAAUCAUCAUCUCCUGUCUCCUUCAAUCAUUUCCACCUGUCUCCUUCAAGCAUCAUUUUGUCACUUUCAAUCUCCUCCUUCUGUCUGCUUCAAUCAUCAUCUCCUGUCUCCUUCAAUCGUUUCCACCUGUCUCAUUCAAGCAUCAUUGUCACUUUCAAUCGCCUCCUUCUGUCUGCUUCAAUCUUCAUCUCCUGUCUCAUUCAAUCGUUUCCACCUGUCUCCUUCACAUCAUUAUUGUCACUUUCAAUCGCCUCCUUCUGUCUGCUUCAAUCAUCAUCUCCUGUCUCCUUCAAUCAUUUCCACCUGUCUCCUUCAAGCAUCAUUUUGUCACUUUCAAUCGCCUCCUUCUGUCUGCUUCAAUCAUCAUCUCCUGUCUCCUUCAAUCGUUUCACCUGUCUCCUUCAAGCAUCAUUGUCACUUUCAAUCGCCUCCUUCUGUCUGCUUCAAUCAUCAUCUCCUGUCUCCUUCAAUCGUUUCCACCUGUCUCUUCAAGCAUCAUUGUCUGUCACUUUCUCCUUCUGUCCUCAAUCAUCAUCUCCUGUCUCCUUCAAUCGUUUCCACCUGUCUCCUUCAAGCAUCAUUGUCACUUUCAAUGUCCUCCUUCUGUCUGCUUCAAUCAUCAUCCUGUCUCCUUCAAUCAUUUCCACCUGUCUCCUUCAAGCAUCAUUAUCUCCUUUCUGCUUCAAUCAAUCGCUUCAAUCAUCCUUCUCCUGUCUCCUUCAAUCGUUUUCCACCUGUCUCCUUCAAGCAUCAUUAUUGUCACUUUCAAUCGCCUCCUUCUGUCUGCUUCAAUCAUCAUCUCCUGUCUCCUUCAAUCGUUUCCACCUGUCUCCUUCAAGCAUCAUUGUCACUUUCAAUCCUUGUCUGCUUCAAUCAUCAUCUCCUGUCUCCUUCAAUCGUUUCCACCUGUCUCCUUCAAGCAUCAUUGUCACUUUAAAUCGCCUCCUUCUGUCUGCUUCAAUCAUCAUCAUCUGUCUCCUUCAAUCGUUUCGACCUGUCUCCUUCAAGCAUCAUUAUCUGUCACUUUCUUCAAUCGCCUCCUUCUGUCUGCUUCAAUCAUCAUCUCCUGUCUCCUUCAAUCAUUUCCCACCUGUCUCCUUCAAGCAUCAUUUGUCACUUUCAAUCGCCUCCUUCUGUCUGCUUCAAUCAUCAUCUCCUGUCUCCUUCAAUCGUUUCCACCUGUCUCCUUCAAGCAUCAUUUUCACUUUCAAUCGCCUCCUUCUGUCUGCUUCAAUCAUCAUCUCCUGUCUCCUUCAAUCGUUUCCUCCUCUCCUUCAAGCAUCAUCACUUUCAAUCGCCUCCUUCUAUGUCUGCUUCAAUCAUCAUCUCCUGUCUCCUUCUUUCUGUCUCUUCAAAUCAUUGUCCUCUGUCUCCUUGUUCAAUCAUUUCCUGUCCCUUCAAUCGUUUCCUUCAAUCCUUAAGCAUCAUUAUUGUCACUUUCAAUCGCCUCCUUCUGUCUGCUUCAAUCAUCAUCUCCCUGUCUCCUUCAAUCGUUUCCCACCUUCAAGCAUCAUUAUCAUUGUCACUUUUCAAUCCGUCUCCUUCUGUCUGCUUCAAUCAUCAUCUCCUGUCUCCUUCAAUCGUUUCACCUGUCUCCUUCAAGCAUCAUUGUCACUUUCAAUCGCCUCCUUCUGUCUGCUUCAAUCAUCAUCUCCUCAUCAUUAUCUUUCAAUCGCCUCCUUCUGUCUGCUUCAAUCAUCAUCUCCUGUCUCCUUUCUCCACCUGUCUCCCUUCAAGCAUCAUUAUUGUCACUUUCAAUCGCCUCUUCUGUCUGUUUUAAUCAUCAUCUCCUGUCUCCUUCAAUCGUUUCCACCUGUCUCCUUCAAUCAUCAUUAUCACUUUCAAUGCUUGCCUCCUUCUGUCUGCUUCAAUCAUCUCUCCCUGUCUCCUUCAAUCGUUUCCACCUGUCUCCUUCAAGCAUCAUUAUUGUCACUUUCAAUCGCCUCCUUCUGUCUGCUUCAAUCAUCUUCUCCUGUCUCCUUCAAUCGUUUCCACCUGUCUCCUUCUCAUCAUUGUCACUUUCAAUCGCCUCCUUCUGUCUGCUUCAAUCAUCAUUCUGUCUCCUUCAAUCUUUCCCCACCUGAAUCCUUCAAGCAUCAUUAUCUGUCACUUUCUAUUCGCCUCCUUCUGUCCCAUCAUCUCCUGUCUCCUUCAAUCGUUUCCAUCUGUCUCCUUCAAGCAUCAUUAUCUGUCACUUUUAAUCCCUCCUUCUGUCUCCUUCAAUCAUCAUCUCUGUCCCCUUCAAUCGUUUCACCUGUCUCCUUCAAUCAUCAUUGUCACUUUCAAUCGCCUCCUUCUGUCUGCUUCAAUCAUCCUCUCUCCUUGUCUCCUUCAAUCGCCUCCUUCUGUUUCAAUCAUCACCUGUCUCCUUCAAUCAUCAUUGUCAGCAUCAUUUCUCUCACUUUCAAUCGCCCCCUUCUGUCUGCUUUUUCAAUCUUCUGUCUCCUUCAAUCAUUUUCCAUCUGUCUCCUUCAAGCACCAAUAUCUGUCUUUCCUUCGCCUCCUUCUGUCUGCUUCAAUCAUCAUCUCCUGUCUCCUUCAAUCGUUUCCACCUGUCUCCUUCAAGCAUCAUUGUCACUUUCAAUCGCCUCCUUCUGUCUGCUUCAAUCAUCAUCUCCUGUCUCUUCAAUCGUUUCCACCUGUCUCCUUCAAGCAUCAUUGUCACUUUCAAUCGUCUGCUUCAAUCAUCAUCUCCUGUCGUUCAAUCGUUUCCACCUGUCUCCUUCAAGCAUCAUUGUCCUUUCAAACUUCCUCCUUCUGCUCUUAGCUUCAAUCAUCUUCUCCUGUCUCCUUCAAUCAUUUCCACCUGUCUCCUUCCAGCAUGUUGUCACUCAGUCACCUCCUGUCUGCUUCAAUCUCAUCUCCUGCUCUUUCCUCAUUUUCCCACCUGUCUCUUCAAUCGUUUCCACCUGUCUCCUUAGCAUCAUUGUCACUUUCAAUCGCCUCCUUCUCAUCAUUUUCACGUCUCCUUCAAUCGCAAUCUCCUUCUGCCAAUCAUUCCACCUGUCUCCUUCAAUCAUUUCACUUUCCGUUCUCCUUCUGUCUUUUUUCACAAUCUCCUGUCUCCUUCAAUCGUUUCCCUGUCUCCUUUAUCUGUCAUUUGUCUUUCAAUCGCCUCCUUCUACUCUCUUAAUCAUCUUCUCCCUGUCUCCUUCAAUCAUUUCCACCUGUCUCCUUCAAGCAUCCUUGUCACUUUCAAUCGCCUCCUUCUGUCUGCUUCAAUCAUCUUCUCCUGUCUCCUUCAAUCGUUUCCACCUGUCUCCUUCAAGCAUCAUUGUCACUUUCAAUCGCCUCUUCUGUCUGCUUCAAUCAUCAUCUCCUGUCUCCUUCAAUCGUUUCCACCUGUCUCCUUCAAGUCAUUAUCUGUCACUUUCUAAUCUUCUCCUUCUGUCUGCUUCAAUCAUCUUCUCCUGUCUCCUUCAAUCGUUUCCACCUGUCUCCUUCAAGCAUCAUUUAUCACUUUCAGACGCCUCCUUCCUAUUUUGUUUCAAUCAUCAUCUCCUGUCUCCUUCAAUCUUUUCCACCGGUCUCUCCUUCAAGCAUCAUUAUCCUGUCCUUUCAAUCGCCUCAUUCUGUCUGCUUGAUCAUCCUCCUGUCUCCUUCAAUCGUUUCCACCAGUCUCCUUCCAAGCAUCAUUAUCUGUCUUUCAAUCGCCUCAUUCUAUCCUGCUUCAAUCAUCAUCUCUGUCUCCUUCAAUCGUUUCCACCUGUCUCCUUCAAGCAUCAUUAUCACUUUCAAUCUCGCCUCAUUCUGUCUGCUUUAUUCAUCAUCUCUGUCUUGCUAAUCUUUUCCACCUGUCCUCCUUCAAGCAUCAUUAUCUGUCUUUCAAUCCUUGCCUCCUUCUGUCUUCAAUCAUAUCUCCUGUCUCCUUCAAUCAUUUUCCACCUGAUUCCUUCAAGCAUCAUUGUCACUUUCAAUCGCCUCCUUCUGUCUACUUCAAAGUCAUCCUCCUGUCUCCUUCAAUCGUUUCCACCUGUCUCCUUCAAGCAUCAUUAUCUAUCACUUUCAAUCGCCUCCUUCUGUCUGCUUCCAAUCAUCAUCUCCUGUCUCCUCAAUCUUUCCACCUGUCUCCUUCAAGCAUCAUUAUCACUUUCAAUCGCCUCCUUCUAUCUGCUUCAAUCAUCAUCUCCCUGUCUCCUUCAAUCAUUUCCACCUGUCUCCUUCAAGCAUCAUUGUCACUUUCAAUCCUCCUUCCUUGCUUCAAUCAUCAUCUCCUGUCUCCUUCAAUCGUUUCCACCUGAUUCCUUCAAGCAUCAUUGUCCUUUCAAUCGCCUCCUUCUGUCUGCUUCAAUCAUCAUCUCCUGUCUCCUUCAAUCAUUUCCACCUGUCUCCUUCAAGCAUCAUUGUCACUUUCAAUCGCCUCCUUCUCUCUUCAAUCAUCAUCUCCUCAUCUCAUCCAUCAAUUUCAAUCGCCUCCUUCUGUCUGCUUCAAUCAUCAUCUCUAAUCUCGUUCCAAUCGUUUCACCUGUCCUCACCUUCAAAGCAUCAUUGUCAUUUCAAUCGCCUCGUUCUGUCUAUUUCAAUCAUCAUCUCCUGUCUCCUUCAAUCGUUUCCACCCUGAAUCCUUCAAACAUCAUUGUCUUUCAAUCGCCUCCUUCUGUCUGCUUUAAUCAUCAUCUCCUGUCUCCUUCCUAUCGUUUCCACCCUGUCUCCUUCAAACAUCAUUGUCACUCCAAUCCUCAUUCUGUCUUCAAUCAUCAUCUCCUGUCUCCUUCAAUCGUUUCCACCUGUCUCCUUCAAGCACCAUUGUCACUUUCAAUCGACACCUCCCUUUCUAUCUCUUUCAAUCACUUCAUCUCUAAUCGCUUCUCCCUUCUAAUCAUUUCCACCUGUCUCCUUCAAGCAUCAUUGUCUUUCAAUCCUUAUCCUUCUGUCUCUGCUUCAAUCAUCAUCAUCUGUCUCCUUCAAUCAUUUCCACCUGUCUCCUUCAAGCAUCAUUAUCUAUCAAUCGUCCUCCUUCUGUCUGCUUCAAUCAUCAUCUCCUGUCUCCUUCAAUCGUUUCCACCUGUCUCCUUCAAGCAUCCAUUUGUCUUUCAAUGCCUCCUUCUGUCUGCUUUCAAUCAUCAUCUCCUGUCUCCUUCAAUCAUUUCCACCUCUCUCCUUCAACAUCAUUUGUCACUUUCAAUCAUACUCCUUCUGUCAUCAUCUCCUGUCUCAAUCAUCGUUUCUCCUCUCCUUUCAGUAUCGUUUCCCUGUCUCCUUCAAGCAUCUUCAUCUUGUCUUUCAAUCCUUCCUCUUUCAAGCAUCAUUGUCUGUCCUUUCAAUCCUCCUCUCUGUCUCCUUCAAUCAUCUUCUCCUAGUCUCACCUGCUCCUUCAAUCGUUUCCACCUGUCUCCUUCGCAUCAUUUGUCACUUUCGAAAAAGCGCCUCCUUCUGUCUGCUUCAAUGUCUUCUCUGUCUCCUUCAAUCGUUUCCCACCUGUCUCCUUCAAGCAUCGUGUCACUUUCAAUCCUUGCCUCCUUCUGUCUGCUUCAAUCUCAUCUCCCUGUCUCCUUCAAUCGUUUCCACCUAGAUCCUUCAGCAUUGUCACUUUCAAAACACUCCUUCUGUCUCUUCAAUCAUCUUCUCUGUCUCCUUCAAUCAUUUCCACCUGAAUCAUUCAAGCAUCAUUGUCCUUUCAAUCGCCUCCUUCGGGUCUGCUUCAAUCAUCUACCUCAUCAUUAUCUGUCACUUUCCAUUCCCUCCACUUCUCUGCUUCAAUCAUCCUCUCUGUCUCCUUCAAUCGUUUCCACCUGUCUCCUUCAAGCAUCAUUAUCUGUCUUUCAAUCGCCUCCUUCUAUCCUUCCAAUCAUCAUCUCUGUCUCCUUCAAUCGUUUUCACCUGUCUCCUUCAAGCAUCAUUAUCUGUCACUUUCAAUCGCCCUCUUCUGUCUUCAAUCAUCUUCUCCUGUCUCCUUCAAUCAUUUCCAUCCUGUCUCCUCAAGCAUCAUUUCUGUCACUUUCAAUAACUCCUUCUGUCUGCUUCAAUCUUCAUCUGUCUCUUCAAUCGUUCCCCUGUCUCCUUCAAGCAUCAUUUAUCUAUCACUUUCAAGCCUCCUUCUGUCUGAUUCAAUCAUCUUCUCCUGUCUCCUUCAAUCGUUUCCACCUGUCUCCUUCAAGCAUCAUUGUCACUUUCAAUCGCCUCCUUCAUGCUGCUUCAAUCAUCAUCUCUGUCUCCUUCAAUCGUUUCCACCUGUCUCCUUCAAGCAUCAUUGUCACUUUCAAUCGCCUCCUUCUGUCUAUUUCAAUCAUCUCCUGUCUCCUUCAAUCGUUUCCAACCUGUCUCCUUCAAGCAUCUUUUCACUUUCAAUCGCCUCCUUCUGUCUGCUUCAAUCAUCAUCUCUCUGUCUCCUUCAAUCAUUUCCACCUGUCUCCUUCAAGCAUCAUUAUCUGUCACUUUCAAUCGCCUCCCUUCUGUCUGCUUCAAUCAUCAUCUCCUGUCUCCUUCAAUCUUUCCCACCUGUCUCCUUCAAGCAUCAUUAUCUUCAAUCAUCUUCAAUCGCCUCCUUCUGUUUUGCUUCAAUCAUCAUCUCCUGUCUCGUUCAAUCGUUUCCACCUGUCUCCUUCAAGCAUCAUUUGUCACUUUCAAUGCCUCCUUCUGUCUGAUUCAAUCAUCAUCUCCUGUCUCCUUCAAUCGUUUCCACCUGUCUCCUUCAAAGCAUCAUUGUCACUUUCAAUCGCCUCCUUCUGUCUGCUUCAAUCAUCAUCUCCUGUCUCGUUCAAUCGUUUCCCUGUCUCCUUCAAGCAUCAUUGUCACCUUCAAUCGCCUCCUUCUGUCUGCUUCAAUCAUCAUCUCCUGUCUCCUUCAAUCGUUUCCACCUGUCUCCUUCAAGCAUCAUUUUCACUUUCAAUCGCCUCCUUCUGUCUGCUUCAAUCAUCAUCUCCUGUCUCCUUCAAUCGAUUCCACCUGAAUCCUUCAAGCAUCAUUGUCACUUUAAAUUGCCUCCUUCUGUCUGCUUCAAUCAUCAUCUCCUGUCUCGUUCAAUCGUUUCCACCUGUCUCCAUCAAGCAUCAUUGUCACUUUCAAUCGCUUCCCUCUGUCUGCUUCAAUCAUCCUCUCCUGUCUCCUUCAAUCUUUUCCACCUGUCUCCUUCAAGCAUCAUUUCUGUCUUUCAAUCGCCUCCUUCUGUCUGCUUCAAUCAUCAUCUCCUGUCUCCUUCAAUCGUUUCCACCUGUCUCCUUCAAGCAUCAUUUCUUCACUUUCAAUCGCCUCCUUCUGUCUGCUUCAAUCAUCAUCUCCUGUCUCCUUCAAUCAUUUUCCACCUGUCUCCUUCAAGCAUCAUUGUCACUUUCAAUCGCCUCCUUCUUCUGUCUUCAAUCAUCAUCUCCUGUCUCCUUCAAUCGUUUCCACCUGAAUCCUUCAAGCAUCAUUGUCACUUUCAAUCGACUCAUUCUGUCUGCUUCAAUCAUCAUCUUCUGUCUCGUUCAAUUGUUUCCACCUGUCUCCUUCAAGCAUCAUUGUCACUUUCAAUCGCCUCCUUCUGUCUGCUUCAAUCAUCAUCUCCUGUCUCCUUCAAUCGUUUCCACCUGUCUCCUUCAAGCAUCAUUAUCUGUCACUUUCAAUCGCCUCCUUCUGUCUGCUUCAAUCAUCUUCUCCUGUCUCCUUCAAUCGUUUCCACCUGUCUCCUUCAAGCAUCAUUGUCACUUUCAAUCGCCUCCUUCUGUCUGCUUCAAUCAUCAUCUCCUGUCUCCUUCAAUCGUUUCCACCUGUCUCCUUCAAGCAUCAUUAUCUGUCACUUUCAAUCGCCUCCUUCUGUCUGCUUCAAUCAUCAUCUCCUGUCUCCUUCAAUCGUUUCCACCUGUCUCCUUCAAGCAUCAUUAUCACUUUCAAUCGCCUCCUUCUGUCUGCUUCAAUCAUCAUCUCCUGUCUCCUUCAAUCGUUUCCACCUGUCUCCUUCAAGCAUCAUUGUCACUUUCAAUCGCCUCCUUCUGUCUGCUUCAAUCAUCAUCUCCUGUCUCCUUCAAUCGUUUCCACCUGUCUCCUUCAAGCAUCAUUAUCUGUCACUUUCAAUCGCCUCCUUCUGUCUGCUUCAAUCAUCAUCUCCUGUCUCCUUCAAUCGUUUCCACCUGUCUCCUUCAAGCAUCAUUGUCACUUUCAAUCGUCUCCUUCUGUCUGCUUCAAUCAUCAUCAUCUGUCUCCUUCAAUCUUUUCCACCUGUCUCCUUCAAGCAUCAUUAUCUGUCACUUUCAAUCGCCUCCUUCUGUCUGCUUCAAUCAUCAUCUCCUGUCUCCUUCAAUCGUUUCCACCUGUCUCCUUCAAGCAUCAUUGUCACUUUCAAUCGCCUCCUUCUGUCUGCUUCAAUCAUCAUCAUCUGUCUCCUUCAAUCUUUUCCACCUGUCUCCUUCAAGCAUCAUUAUCUGUCACUUUCAUUCGCCUCCUUCUGUCUGCUUCAAUCAUCCUCUCCUGUCUCCUUCAAUCGUUUCCACCUGUCUCCUUCAAGCAUCAUUAUCUGUCACUUUCAAUCGCCUCCUUCUGUCUGCUUCAAUCAUCAUCUCCUGUCUCCUUCAAUCUUUUCCACCUGUCUCCUUCAAGCAUCAUUAUCUGUCACUUUCAAUCGCCUCCUUCUGUCUGCUUCAAUCAUCAUCUCCUGUCUCCUUCAAUCGUUUCCACCUGUCUCCUUCAAGCAUCAUUGUCACUUUCAAUCGCCUCCUUCUGUCUGCUUCAAUCAUCUUCUCCUGUCUCCUUCAAUCGUUCAUCCUGUCUCCUUCAAGCAUCAUUGUCACUUUCAAUCGCCUCCUUCUGUCUGCUUCAAUCAUCAUCUCCUGUCUCGUUCAAUCGUUUCCACCUGUCUCCUUCAAGCAUCAUUGUCACUUUCAAUCGCCUCCUUCUGUCUGCUUCAAUCAUCUUCUCCUGUCUCCUUCAAUCGUUUCCACCUGUCUCCUUCAAGCAUCAUUGUCACUUUCAAUCGCCUCCUUCUGUCUGCUUCAAUCAUCAUCUCCUGUCUCCUUCAAUCGUUUCCACCUGAAUCCUUCAAGCAUCAUUGUCACUUUCAAUCGCCUCCUUCUGUCUGCUUCAAUCAUCAUCUCCUGUCUCCUUCAAUCGUUUCCACCUGAAUCCUUCAAGCAUCAUUGUCACUUUCAAUCGCCUCCUUCUGUCUGCUUCAAUCAUCAUCUCCUGUCUCCUUCAAUCGUUUCCACCUGUCUCCUUCAAGCAUCAUUAUCUGUCACUUUCAAUCGCCUCCUUCUGUCUCCUUCAAUCAUCAUCUCCUGUCUCCUUCAAUCGUUUCCACCUGUCUCCUUCAAGCAUCAUUGUCACUUUCAAUCCCUCCUUCUGUCUGCUUCUAAUCAUCAUCUCCUGUCUCCUUCAAUCGUUUCACCUGUCUCCUUCAAGCAUCAUUUGUCACUUUCAAUUGCCUCCCCUUCUGUCUUCAAUCAUCUUCUCCUGUCUCCUUCAAUCGUUUUCCACCUGUCUCCUUCAAGCAUCAUUAUCUGUCACUUUCAAUCGCCCUCCUUCUGUCUGCUUCAAUCAUCUUCUCCUGGCUCCUCCUUCAAUCGUUCCCACCUGUCUCUUUCAAGCACCAUUGUCACUUUCAAUCGCCUCCUUCUGUCUGCUUCAAUCAUCAUCUCCUGUCUCCUUCAAUCGUUUCCACCUGUCUCCUUCAAGCAUCAUUGUCACUUUCAAUCGCCUCCUUCUGUCUGCUUCAAUCAUCAUCUCCUGUCUCCUUCAAUCGUUUCCACCUGUCUCCUUCAAGCAUCAUUGUCACUUUCAAUCGCCUCCUUCUGUCUGCUUCAAUCAUCUUCUCCUGUCUCCUUCAAUCGUUUCCACCUGUCUCCUUCAAGCAUCAUUGUCACUUUCAAUCGCCUCCUUCUGUCUGCUUCAAUCAUCUUCUCCUGUCUCCUUCAAUCGUUUCCACCUGUCUCCUUCAAGCAUCAUUGUCACUUUCAAUCCUCCUUCUGUCUGCUUCAAUCAUCAUCUCUGUCUCCUUCAAAAUCGUUUCCACCUGUCUCUUUCAGCAUCAUUAUCUGUCACUUUCAAUCUCCUCCUUCUGUCUCCUUCAAUCAUCAUCUCCUGUCUCCUUCAAUCGUUUCCACCUGUCUCCUUAAGCAUCAUUAUCUGUCACUUUCAAUCUCCUCCUUCUGUCUGCUUCAAUCAUCAUCUCCCUGUCUCCUUCAAUCGUUUCCCACCUGUCUCCUUCAAGCAUCCUUGUCACUUUCAAUCCUCCUUCUGUCUGCUUCAAUCAUCAUCUCUGUCUCCUUCAAUCGUUUCCACCUGUCUUCAAACAUCAUUAUCUGUCACUUUCAAUCGCCUCCUUCUGUCUGCUUCAAUCAUCUUCUCCUGUCUCCUUCAAUCGUUUCCACCUAUCUCCUUCAAGCAUCAUCUUGUCACUUUCAAUCGCCUCUUCUGUCUUUUAAUCAUCAUCUCCUGUCUCCUUCAAUCGUUUCCACCUGUCUCCUUCAAGCAUCAUUAUCUGUCACUUUCAAUCGCCUCCUUCUGUCUGCUUCAAUCAUCAUCUCCUUGUCAUUUCCUUCAAUCGUUUCCACUUUCAAUGUCAUCAUUUUCCUUCAAUUGUCUCCUUUUCAUUAUCUGUCCUUCUGUCUGCUUCAAUCAUCAUCUCCUGUCUCGUUCAAUCGUUUCCACCUGUCUCCUUCAAGCAUCAUUGUCACUUUCAAUCGCCUCCUUCUGUCUGCUUCAAUCAUCAUCUCCUGUCUCCUUCAAUCGUUUCCACCUGUCUCCUUCAAGCAUCACUUUUUUACUUUCAAUCGCCUCCUUCUGUCUGCUUCAAUCAUCAUCUCCUGUCUCCUACAAUCGUUUCCACCUGAAUCCUUCAAGCAUCAUUGUCACUUUCAAUCGCCUCAAUCUGUCUGCAUCAAUCAUCAUCUCCUGUCUCCUUCAAUCGUUUCCACCUGUCUCCUUCAAGCACCAUUGUCACUUUCAAUCGCCUCCUUCUGUCUGCUUCAAUCAUCCUCUCCUGUCUCCUUCCAUCGUUUCCACCUGUCUCCUUCAAGCAUCAUUUGUCACUUUCAAUCGCCUCCUUCUGUCUGCUUCAAUCAUCAUCUCCUGUCUCCUUCAAUCAUUUUCCUGUCUCCUUCAAGCAUCAUUUCUCUCACUUUCAAUCGCCUCCUUCUGUCUGCUUCAAUCAUCAUCUCCUGUCUCCUUCAAUCAUUUCCACCUGUCUCCUUCAAGCAUCAUUAUCACUUUCAAACGCCUCCUUCUGUCUGCUUCAAUCAUCUCAUCUCCUGUCUCCUUCAAUCGUUUCCACCUGUCUCCUUCAAGCAUCAUUUGUCACUUUCAUUCGCCUCCUUCUGUCUGCUUCAAUCAUCUUCUCCUGUCUCCUUCAAUCAUUUCCACCUGUCUCCUUCAAGCAUCAUUGUCACUUUCAAUCGCCUCCUUCUGUCUGCUUCAAUCAUCAUCUCUGUCUCCUUCAAUCGUUUCCACCUGUCCUUCAAGCAUCAUUAUCUUUCACUUUUCAAUCGCCUCUUCUUUCAAUCAUCAUCUCCUGUCUCCUUCAAUCGUUUCCCUGUCUCCUUCAAGCAUCAUUAUCUCACUUUCAAUCUCCUCCUUCUGUCUGCUUCAAUCAUCAUCUCCUCUCCUUCAAUCGUUUCCCACCUGUCUCCUUCAAGCAUCGUAUCUGUCACUUUCAAUCGCCUCCUUCUGUCUGCUUCAAUCAUCAUCUCCUGUCUCCUUCAAUCAUUUCCCACCUGUCUCCUUCAAGCAUCAUUUUCACUUUCAAUCCGCCUCCUUCUGUCUGCUUCAAUCAUCUUCUCCUGUCUCCUUCAAUCUUUCCACCUAUAUAUUCAAGCAUCAUUAUCUGUCUUUCAUUUCGCCUCCUUCUGUCUGCUUCAAUCAUCAUCUCCUGUCUCCUUCAAUCGUUUCCCCUGUCUCCUUCGUCAUUAUCUGUCCUUUCAAUCCGCCUCCUUCUGUCUCUUCAAUCAUCCUUCUCCUGUCUCCUUCAAUCGCAUCCCUGUCUCCAAAGCAUCAUCAUCAUCACUUUCAAUCCUUUCCUUCUGUCUGCUUCAAUCAUCAUCUCCUGUCUCCUUCAAUCGUUUCCACCUGUCUCCUUCAAGCAUCAUUGUCACUUUCAAUCGCCUCCUUCUGUCUGCUUCAAUCAUCUUCUCCUGUCUCCUUCAAUCGUUUCCACCUGUCUCCUUCAAGCAUCAUUAUCUGUCACUUUCAAUCGCCUCCUUCUGUCUGCUUCAAUCAUCAUCUCCUGUCUCCUUCAAUCAUUCCACCUGUCUCCUUCAAGCAUUAUCAUUGUCACUUUCAAUCGCCUCCUUCUGUCUGCUUCAAUCAUCAUCUCCUGUCUCAUUCAAUCGUUUCCACAUGUCUCCUUCAAGCAUCAUUAUCUGUCACUUUCAAACGCCUCCCUUCUGUCUUUCAAUCCAUCAUCUCCUGUCUCCUCGUUUCAAUCAUUUCCACCUGUCUCCUUUCAAAGCAUCAUCAUUGUCACUUUCAAUCGCCUCCUUCUGUCUGCUUCAAUCAUCUUCUCCCUGUCUCCUUCAAUCGUUUCCACCUGUCUCUUCAAGCAUCAUUGUCACCUUCAAUCGUCUCCUUCUGUCUGCUUCAAUCAUCAUCUCUGUCUCCUUCAAUCUUUCCCACCUGUCUCCUUCAAGCAUUAUCUCUCACUUUCACUCGUCUCCUUCUGUCUGCACAAUCAUCUUCUCCUGUCUCAUUCAAUCUUUUUCCACCUGUCUCCUUCAAGCAUCAUUUUCACUUUCAAACGCCUCCUUCUGUCUAGCCAAUCCAUCAUCUUCCUCAUCAUUAUCCAAUCAAUUUCAAUCGCCUCCUUCUGCUUCAAUCAUCGCCUCCUGUCUCCUUCCAAUCGUUUCCCACCCUGAAUCCUUCAAGCAUCAUUAUCACUUUCAAUCGCCUCCUUCUGUCUGCUUCAAUCAUCUCUCAUCUGUCUCCUUCAAUCUUUUCCACCUGUCUCCUUCAAGCAUCAUUAUCUGUCACUUUCAAUCCUCCUUCUAUCUGCUUCAAUCAUCAUCUCCUGUCUCCUUCAAUCGUUUCCACCCUGUCUCCUUCAAGCAUCAUUGUCACUUUCAAUCGCCUCCUUCUGUCUGCUUCCAAUCAUCAUCUCCUCAUCAUUGUCACUUUCAAUCGCCUCCUUCUGUCUGCUUCAAACAUCAUCUCCUGUCUCCUUCAAUCAUUUCACCUGAUCCUUCAAAGCAUCAUUAUCUCUUUUCAAUCUCCUCCUUCUGUCUGCUUCAAUCAUCAUCUCCUGUCUCCUUCAAUCGUUUCCACCUGUCUCCUUUCAAGCAUCAUUGUCACUUUCAAAUGCCUCCUUCUGUCUGCUUUCAAUCAUCUUCUCCUGUCUCCUUCAAUCAUUUCCACCUGUCUCCUUCAAGCAUCAUUGUCACUUUCAAUCGCCUCCUUCUGUCUCCUUCAAUCAUCUUCUCCUGUCUCCUUCAAUCGUUUUCCACCUGUCUCCUUCAAGCAUCAUGUCACUUUGUCACUUUCAAUCGCCUCCUUCUGUCUGCUUCAAUCAUCAUCUCCUGUCUCCUUCAAUCGUUUCCACCUGUCUCCUUCAAGCAUCAUUAUUGUCACUUUCAAACGCCUCCUUCUGUCUCUUCAAUCAUCUUCUCCUGUCUCCUUCAAUCGUUUCACCUGUCUCCUUCAAGCAUCAUUUGUCACUUUCAAUCCGCCUCCUUCUGUCUGCUUCAAUCAUCUUCUCCUGUCUCCUUCAAUCAUUUCCACCUGUCUCCUUCAAGCAUCAUUGUCACUUUCAAUCCUCCUUCUGUCUGCUUCAAUCAUGUCAUCUGUCUCCUUCAAUCUUUCCACCUGUCUCCUUCAAGCAUCAUUAUGUCACUUUUCGCCUCCUUCUGUCUGCUUCAAUCAUCAUCUCCUGUCUCGUUCAAUCGUUUCCACCUGUCUCUUCAAAGCAUCAUUGUCACUUUCAAUCUUUCUCCUUCUGUCUGCUUCAAUCAUCAUCUCUCUGUCUCUUCAAUCAUUUCCACCUGUCUCCUUCAAGCAUCAUUAUCUGUCACUUUCAAUCGCCUCCUUCUGUCUGCUUCAAUCAUCAUCUCCUGUCUCCUUCAAUCAUUUCCACCUGUCUCCUUCAAGCAUCAUUAUCUCUGUCUUUCAAACGUCUCCUUCUGUCUGCUUCAAUCAUCUCCUGUCUCCUUCAAUCAUUUCCCACCUGUCUCCUUCAAGCAUCAUCAUUUUCACUUUCGCUUGCCUCCUUCUGUCUGCUUCAAUCAUCUUCCUGUCUCUCCUUCAAUCAUUUCCACCUGUCUCCUUCAAGCAUCAUUGUCACUUUCAAUCCCCUCCUUCUGUCUGCUAAUAAUCAUCUUCUCCCUGUCUCCUUCAAUCGUUUCCUGUCUCCUUCAAGCAUCGUGUUAUUGUCCUUUCAAUCGCCUCCCCUUCUCUUCUGCUUCAAUCAUCAUCUCCUGUCUCCUUCAAUCAUUUCCACCUGUCUCCUUCAAGCAUCAUUAUCUGUCCUUUCAAUCACCUCCUUCUGUCUCCUUCAAUCAUCUUCUCCUGUCUCCUUCAAUCGUUUCCACCUGUCUCCUUCAAGCAUCAUUUCACUUUCAAUCGCCUCCUUCUGUCUGCUUCAAUCAUCAUCUCCUGUCUCCUUCAAUCGUUUCCACCUGUCUCCUUCAAGCAUCAUUGUCACUUUCAAUCUCCUUCUUCUGUCUGCUUAAUCAUCAUCUCCUGUCUCCUUCAAUCGUUUCCACCUGUCUCCUUCAAGCAUCAUCUGUCACUUUCAUUCGCCUCCUUCUGUCUGCUUCAAUCAUCUUCUCCCUGUCUCCUUCAAUCAUUUCCACCUGUCUCCUUCAAGCAUCAUUGUCACUUUCAAUCGCCUCCUUCUGUCUACUUUCAAUCAUCAUCUCCUGUCUCCUUCAAUCGUUUCCACCUGUCUCCUUCAAGCAUCAUUCUGUCACUUUAAAUCCUCCUUCUGUCUUUGCUUCAAUCAUCAUCUCCUGUCUCCUUCAAUCAUUUCCACCUGUCUCUUUCAAGCGUCAUUGUCACUUUCAAUCGCCUCCUUCUGUCUGCUUCAAUCAUCUUCUCCUGUCUCCUUCAAUCGUUUCCACCUGUCUAUUUCAAGUCAUUAUUGUCACUUUCAAUCGCCUCCUUCUGUCUUGCUUCAAUCAUCAUCUCCCUGUCUCCUUCAAUCGUUUCCACCUUCUCCUUCUUCAAGCAUCAUUAUCUGUCACUUUUAAUCGCCUCCUUCUGUCUGCUUCAAUCAUCAUCUCUCUGUCUCCUUCAAUCCUUUCACCUGUCUCCUUCAAGCAUCAUCUGUCACUUUCUAAUCACUCCUUCUGUCUCUUCUUCAAUCAUCUUCUCCUGUCUCCUUCAAUCGUUUCCUGUGUCUCCUUCAAGCAUCAUUGUCACUUUCAAUCGUCUCCUAUCUUAGCCCCAAUCAUUUCCUCAUCAUUAUCUCUUUCUUUCCUCGACUCCUUCAUGCCUUUAAUCAUCUCUCCUGUCUCCUUCAAUCUUUUCCACUGUCUCUUAAAGCAUCAUUAUCUUUCAAUCUUUCAUUCUGUCUCCUUUGUCUGCUUUAAUCAUCAUCUCCUGUCUCCUUCAAUCGUUCCACCUGUCUCCUUCAAGCAUCAUUAUCACUUUCAAUCAUCCUUCCUGAUCCAUCUCUGUCUCCUUCAAUCGUUUCCACCUGAAUCCUUCAAGCAUCAUUGUCACUUUCUUCUCCUGUCUGCUUCAAAUCAAUUUUCCACCUGUCUCCUUCAAGCAUCAUUGUCACUUUCAAUCGCCUCCUUCUGUCUGCUUCAAUCAUCAUCUCCUGUCUCCUUCAAUCAUUUCCACCUGUCUCCUUCAAGCAUCAUUGUCACUUUCAAUCGCCUCCUUCUGUCUGCUUCAAUCUUCAUCUCCUCUCAUUCAAUCCAUCAUUAUCUGUCACUUAUCGCCUCCUUCUGUCUUGCUUCAAUCAUCAUCUCCUGUCUCCUUCAAUCCCAUUUUCCACCUGUCUCCUUUAAGCAUCAUUAUCUGUCACUUUUCAAUCUCCUCCUUCUGUCUGCUUCAAUCAUCAUCUCCUGUCUCCUUCAAUCGUUUCCACCUGUCUCCUUCAAGCAUCAUUUAUCUGUCACUCAAUCCCCUCCUUCUGUCCUUCAAUCAUCUUCUCUGUCUCCUUCAAAUUUUCCACCUGUCUCCUUCAAGCAUCUUUUCCUGUCACUUUCAAUCGCCUCCUUCUGUCUCCUUCAAUCAUCAUCUCCUGUCUCCUUAAUCAUUUCCCACCUGUCUCUUUCAAACAAGCAUUAUCUGUCACUUUCAAUCGCCUCCUUCUGUCUCCUUCAAUCAUCUUCUCAAUCUCCUUCAAUCGUUUCCACCUGUCUCCUUCAAGCAUCAUUGUCACUUUCAAUCCUCCUUCUGUCUGCUUCAAUCAUCAUCUCCUGUCUCUCCUUCAAUCGUUUCCACCUGUCUCUUUCAAACAUCAUUGUCACUUUCAAUCACCUCCUUCUGUCUGCUUCAAUCAUCAUCUCCUGUCUCCUUCCUCGUUUCCACCUGAAUCCUUCAAGCAUCAUUGUCUUUCGCCUCCUUCCUGCUUCAAUCAUCAUCCUUCUGUCUCUUCAAGCAUGUUCUUUCUCCAUCUCCUUCCAAUCUUUUCCACCUGUCUCCUUCAAGCAUCAUUGUCAUCUGUCCUUUCAAUCGUCUCCUUCUGUCUGCUUCAAUCAUCAUCUCUGUCUCAUUCAAUCCUUUCUACCCUGUCUCCUUGAAGCAUCAUUGUAUCUUUCAAUCGCCUCCUUCUGUCUGCUUCAAUCAUCAUUUCCUCAUCAUUGUCACUUUCAAUCGCCUCCUUCUGUCUGCUUAAUCAUCUUCUCCUGUCUCCUUCAAUCGUUUCCCACCUGUCUCCUUCAAGCAUCAUUGUCACUUUCAAUCGCCUCCUUCUGUCUGCUUCAAUCAUCAUCUCCUGUCUCCUUCAAUCAUUUCCACCUGUCUCCUUCAAAGCAUCAUUGUCACUUUCAAUCCUCCUCCUUCUGUCUGCUUCAAUCAUCAUCUCCUGUCUCAUUCAAUCAUUUCCACCUGUCUCCUUCAAGCAUCAUUGUCACUUUCAAUCGCCUCCUUCUGUCUGCUUCAAUCAUCAUCUCCUGUCUUCUUCAAUCGUUUCCACCUGCCUGUCUACAAGCAUCAUUGUCACUUUCAAUCACCUCCUUCUGUCUGCUUCAAUCAUCAUCUCCUGUCUCCUUCAAUCAUUUCCACCUGUCUCCUUCAAGCAUCAUCAUUGUCACUUUCAAUCGCCUCCUUCUGUCUACUUCAAUCAUCUCUCCUGUCUCCUUCAAUCAUUUCCACCUGUCUCCUUCAAGCAUCAUUGUCACUUUCAAUCGCCUCCUUCUGUCUGCUAAUCAUCUUCUCCUCUCCUUCAAUCGUUUCCACCUGAAUCUUUUCAAGCAUCAUUGUCACUUUCAAUCCUUCUCUGCUUCAAUCAUCAUCUCCUGUCUCCUUAAUCAUUUCCCACCUGUCUCCUUCAUCAUCCUCCUUCUCUGCUUCAAUCAUCAUCUUUCCUUCAAUCAUUUCCACCUGUCUCCUUCAAGCAUCAUUAUCUGUCACUUUAAUCCUCCUUCUGUCUUCAAUCAUCAUCUCCUGUCUCGUUCAAUCUUUCACCUGUCUCCUUCAAAGCAUCAUUUUCACUUUCAAACGCCUCCUUCUGUCCUUCUAAUCAUCAUCUCCUGUCUCCUUCAAUCAUUUCCACCUGUCUCCUUCAACAUCUUGUCCUUUCAAUCGCCUCUCCUUCUGUCUGCUUCAAUCAUCAUCUCCUGUCUCCUUCAAUUUUCCACCUGUCUCCUUCAAGCAUCAUUAUCUGUCAUUUUCAAUCGCCUCCUUUCUGUCUGCUUCAAUCAUCAUCUCCUGUCUCCUUCAAUCGUUUCCCACCUGUCUCCUUCAAGCAUCAUUGUCACUUUUUCAAUCGCCUCCUUCUGUCUGCUUCAAUCAUCUUCCUCCCUGUCUCCUUCCUCAUUUUCCACCUGUCUCCUUCCAAGCAUCAUUGUCCCUUUCAAUAGCCUCCUUCUCAUCAUUAUCUGUCUUUCAAUCCUUCCUCCUUCUGUCUGCUUCAAUCAUCAUCUCCUGUCUCCUUCAAUCGUUCCACCUGUCUCCUUGAAGCAUCAUUGUCACUUUCGUCAUCCUUCAUCUGCUUUAAUCAUCAUCAUCUGUCUCCUUCAAUCAUUUUCACCUGUCUCUUCAAGCAUGUUAUCUGUCACUUUCAAUCGCCUCCAUCUGUCUGCUUCAAUCAUCCUCUCCUGUCUCCUUCAAUCAUUUCCUGUCUCCUUCAAACAUCAUUUAUCUUUCAAUAAACCUCCUUCUGUCUGCUUCAAUCAUCAUCUCCUGUCUCCUUCAAUCAUUUCCCUGAAUCCUUCAACAUCAUUGUCACUUUCAAUCCUCUCCUUCUAUCCAUCAAUCAUCAUCCUGUCUCCUUCAAUCGUUUCCACCUGUCUCCUUCAAGCACCAUUGUCACUUUCAGUCGCCUUCCUUCUGUCACUUCAAUCAUCCUCUCUGUCUCCUUCAAUCAUUUCCCCUGUCUCCUUAAACAUCAUUGUCACUUUCAAUCGCUCCUUCAUCAGCUUCAAUGUCAUCUCCUGUCUCCUUCAAUCGUUCGACCUGAAUCCUUCAAGCAUCAUUAUCUGUCACUUUCAAUCGCCUCAAUCUAUGUCUGCAUCAAUCAUCAUCUCCUGUCUCUUCAAUCGUUUCCCACCUGUCUCCUUUAAGCACCAUUGUCACUCAAUCGCCUCAAUCUCUCACCAUCAAUCAUCAUCUCCUGUCUCCUUCAAUCGUUUCCCACCUGUCUCCUUAAGCACCAUGUCACUUUCAAUCGCCUCCUUCUGUCUGCUUCAAUCAUCUUCUCCUGUCUCCUUUAAUCGUUUCCACCUGUCUCCUUCAAGCAUCAUUGUCACUUUCAUUCACCUCCUUCUGUCUCUUCAAUCAUCAUCUCCUGUCUCCUUCAAUCAUUUCCACCUAAUCCUUCAAGCAUCAUUGUCACUUUCAAUCACCUCCUUCUGUCCUUCAAUCUUCAUCAUCUCCUGUCUCCUUCAAUCUUUUCACCUGUCUCCUUCAAGCAUGUUAUCAUUGUCACUUUCAAUCGCCUCCUUCUGUCUGCUUCAAUCAUCAUCUCCUGUCUCGUUCAAUCCUUUCACCUGUCUGUUAAGCAUCAUUAUCACUUUCAAACGCCUCCUUCUGUCUGCUUCAAUCAUCUUCUCCUGUUCGCCUCCCUUCUGUCUGCUUGAUCAUCAUCUCCUGUCUCCUUCAAUCGUUUCCACCUGUCUCCUUCAAAGCAUCAUUAUCUUUCAAUUUCUGUCCUCCUUCUGUCUGCUUCAAUCAUCUUCCUCCCAUCUCCUUCAAUCGUUUCCACCUGUCUCCUUCAAGCAUCAUUGUCACUUAAUCGCCUCCUUCUGUCUCCUUCAAACAUCUUCUCCUGUCUCCUUCAAUCGUUUCCACCUGUCUCCUUCAAGCAUCAUUAUCUUUCAAACGCCCUCCUUCUGUCUGCUUCCAAUCAUCAUCUCCUGUCUCCUUCAAUCAUUUCCAAUCUGA